GAUUCAUUAGGGUAUUGUUACCUGGAGAGGCUUUUUACCAGGCAUUUUAACUCAGAGAAUUAAAUCACGGAUUUGGAGUAUGAUUUUAAGGCUCAUCACUUCUGAAAAGUCUUCUAUGGAAAAACAAGGAAAUCAAUUUAUAGCUGGGACAAAAUUCAGUCAGAGGGACACCUUUAGAGAAUCUUGAUCUCUGAUCUUUCUGUCCUAAACUGCACCAUUAAAGAUUUUCGAGGAGCUUUGUGUCCUGUCCACAUUAACAAGGCACCCAUCAAUACUUACAUUGAUCAAAAUAAUUCUGGAAAAUGGUUGGAUUUGGACCCGCAGACGUGCCUCCAUCAGCAGCUGUGAAGUUUAUAGGAGCAGGAACUGCAGCCUGUAUCGCUGACCUGCUCACCUUUCCCCUGGACACAGCCAAAGUGCGGCUGCAGAUCCAAGGAGAGGCCAGAGCUUCAGCAACUACAGGGAGAGAGCCUGUAGUGAAGUAUCGUGGAGUGUUUGGCACCAUCACCACCAUGGUGCGUACAGAGGGGCCCAGGAGCCUUUACAAUGGACUGGUGGCAGGACUACAGAGACAGAUGAGCUUUGCCUCUGUCCGCAUUGGUCUGUAUGACUCUGUAAAACAGUUCUACACUAAAGGCUCUGAUCAUGUUGGUAUUGGCAGUCGGCUGCUUGCAGGAAGUACCACUGGUGCCAUGGCGGUUGCUUUUGCUCAGCCUACAGAUGUGGUGAAAGUCCGCUUCCAGGCACAGAUCAGGUCUCCUGGGCAUGCCAGACGAUACUGUAGCACCGUUGAUGCUUACAAGUCCAUUGCUAAGGAAGAAGGCAUUCGUGGUCUGUGGAAAGGUACAGCUCCGAACAUUGCGCGAAAUGCAAUUGUUAACUGCACAGAACUGGUGACAUAUGAUUUCAUCAAGGAUACACUUGUGAAGUCCACUCCCCUGACAGAUAAUCUGCCCUGCCACUUUGUAUCAGCCUUUGGUGCCGGGUUAUGCACAACAGUGAUUGCCUCUCCAGUUGAUGUGGUCAAGACAAGAUAUAUGAACGCUGCUCUUGGCAAAUACAGCAGUGUCCUCAAUUGUGCCUCUGCCAUGAUGACCAAAGAGGGCCCCCUUGCCUUUUAUAAGGGGUUCAUGCCAUCUUUCUUACGCCUGGGCUCCUGGAAUGUGGUGAUGUUUGUAACAUAUGAGCAGCUGAAACGGGCCAUGAUGACAGCAAAUCACAACUACACAACUACACUUUAACCAUUGUUGUCUGUCAGAAGGCUGAUGCUGUAACACAGUGGUUCUUUACCUUCUGUCCCCCUUGUGGAUAUUUCAACUCGAAGUAAAGAUAUACAAAUUGUGUUGGUACCGCUCUCUCUCAUGACAGAAAUGUAACCGCAGUAAUCAUUAGUCAUAGGAUAGCAAGACAUGUAUUAAAAUGUGAUCAAUAUUUAAAGGCCAGAGCUUGUUUGAUCAGUUGCUUCCUCUCAGCGGAAAGCGUCUCGGGAAACUUGAUGUCAAAGGUAAUGAUGAGGUUUCCUCUCUGGGAAGGAUCCUGGGACAGCGGCAUUCCCUCUCCAGUCACCACUUUUUUGUACGCAGGGCUGAUGUGUCAUGACAAACAAAUCAGAGACAGUAAAAUGGUAGUUGAUUUAGGUGAAACCCAAAACAUAUCACUUUAGAAAUUAGCCUGUUUCAGUGUAAAGUUAUUAUAAAGUACUUGAUUUUAUGUGAUAGUCUCUCCCUGUUAGGGUCUUAAUGCUUUAUAAUAUAUACAAAAUACAGUAUUAUACAUGAAUGUUAUUUAGUAUUCCACUUUGGCCCCAGUAUAGGGCAACACUUACUGCACAAUGUCAUUGAUGGGAAUAGUGAGUAGCCUGCCAUCUAGUGUCUCCACAUCCACAGAGAACCCGGUCAAGGCCUGUUGGAAAGGUUAAGUGUUUAUUCUACUUUAACAAAAAGAAAACCUAUUAUUCUGGUUCUUUAAACAUGACUCACCAUCUCCAGAGAGACUUGGGCCUUGUAAAUGAGGUCAUUAUGUUGCCUUAUGAACAGAGGAUGACUCUUCUGUUGCACUAUGAACACAAUAUCUGCAGGGAUGCUGCUUGGUCCCUAAAGAUAAAAUACAGCAGGGUGAGUACCGUGUAGUCAGGUUCUUUCCCUAAAAGUAAUACAUUGUUAACUAACUGUGCAAAGCUUGUUAAAGUAAUAACUUUUGUGCAUAUACUUUGUUUUUGACCAAAACUGACCAAAUCACAUCAAACAAAGAGGUAAAGGUGAUGAUGAACGAUUA